AUGAUCCAAAAUCAUCGCAAUCUCACUUUUGACACAGGAACAAUAGCCGAAUACAGAGUACAGCGCUUCAGAGGCUCUUCCUAUUUCCCCUCACCUUACAAAGGGCCGCCGACAGACGCGGUAGAGGACGCGUGGGCUGCUUUAUGGGAUAUUGGAGCAAUUCAAAUAAGUGAAGAAGAAUUCAGCCAUGUGAACGCGAGUCCCCACGCCGUAGAAGUACCGCCCGAACUAGGAGGAGGACGUAUGGCAAUGCUGGAAGUCAAUCACCAGAUCCAUUGCCUGCAUAUGCUCUGGCAACACUCGUACCCAGACUACUACCAGGAAGCGUAUAAUUACUCUAUUGAGAAACCCGAACAUUGGCACGAACAUAUGGACCAUUGCGCAGACAUGCUGAGGCAGCAAUUGAUGUGCUCGGCCGACAACACGGUUGUCACGUACAACUGGCUGAAAGGGCACUAUGCGCCGCAGCCGAACUUCAAUGCCGUGCACCGAUGCGGAAACUUUGACGCCGUGCUCGCGUGGGGCAAGACGAGGGUCAUUGAUGGGACGGCGUUAAGUGGAAAGGAUUAUUGGACAAGGCCGGAGAGGUAUGUGGAGUUUGAGAGGAUUCCCUACGAACCUAACGAAGCGGGUGAUCAAUUUCCAGUAGAUUAG